AGGUGAGAAGGAGCCGUCUCCAGGGGCAACGGCCAGCGUGAAGGAGCGGAUGGAUCCAGAUCUCAAGGCACUUUUUACACAGCCAGAGAAGGUUUGUGAAAGAUAUUUAAAAGAAUUUGUACAGAUUAUGGAUUUCCAGGAGAAACACAGAAGACAUUUAUGUGCAAAUGAGAUAGAAGAGCAUGCAAAAUUGAAAGCAUAUGUACAGCAUAUCACCCAGAGAAAAGAACAAUUUCAACGACAACAAACAUCACGGUUGGCUACCCCAUCUUCCAUAAGGGAAUGUGUUUCAACACCUUCAAUGAAGUCAGUGAUGUACUCUUCAGUCUCACAAUCAAGACCAGCCACAACUGAAAUGUCACAGAAAAUGGAGAUUGAUGCAAGACCGAGUCCAUCCGGAAAGAUACAAUCUGAAGCAUCAAUAGGUCCAGCCAGACUAUCAUUAAUAAGUCCACCCCAAGAUGGCCGGAUGGGUACAGUGCCUUACAGAGGAAUGAAUAAAGUAGGAGCUUUUAGGACCUCAGGCCUCUCAACACCAGUGCAACAAAUUGGGCUUUCAGGCUCCUUGUCAUCUACUGCUCUGAAUCAUGGGGAAGGAGGAUCCCGGGACAGUUCAAGCUAUAGAAAUAUACAAUCCUAUCUUCCAACACAAUCUUCAUCACAGCCAUCUGUCUCAAGGCCUCUCAUAACCAUGUCAAAUCUUCUCAUGAGCAAGUGUCAUUUUUCAUUUUCUACUUGUUAUUUGACCAAGGUGUACAUUUAA